CGCCUCUCCUCCCCUCCUCCCACUCCCCACUCCCCUCCUUGUACUUGCUUUGAGUACAUACCUUUCUUGACAGGAAUAGCUGUCCGAGCAACUCGCCAUCGACUACACGCCCAUUGCGGUUCAUCCUCAUCGCGAUAUUUGCGUCCCUCAUCCUCCAACUCCAUUCUUCGGAAAUACUUCGGCAUCAUGGAUGUAGACGAUAAAGUGUCAUCUGGUACUUCGGAUCAUACAACGCCGCGUACGGGUUUAAUUUCACGCCUCAAAAAGCAUCUCCUCCACGAUGACCCCAACGAUGCUAUCACACUGCAGCCGUACAUCCAGGAACGUUUGACCAAGAAGGCGGAACUUUGGGCGUUCUUCUUGUUCGGAUUCGGGUACUUUGGUUGGUCCAACACCACUGGCGCCCUUUUCCAGCCUCUACUAGUCCAGCAGGUCGCACGAGGCGCCUCGCACUUGAGCUCGGACCUGAUAACACCAUGCCCUUCAAAAGACGCCGAGAUUCCUGUGGGGGAUAAGUGCGUCGUUCCCUUUGGCUUUAUCUAUGUCGAACCAACUUCCUACACGCUUCUAAUCAACGUGGUUUCGGUCUGGUGCACGAUUGUGGUCUCGCUGGGGACAUCAGCAUUUGCGGACCAUGGACGGUCUUCCAGAAAGUUGAUGAUGACUUUUUGCUUGCUGCUCGCUGUCACGACUGCAUUCAUGUUCAUUGGACCAUUGAAGCCUGAGGUCUGGUGGAUUAGUGGUUUCCUGAUGGUAGUUGGGCUGAUCUUCAAUGGAGUGACCUUGAACUUCUUCGAUGCCCAUAUACCUAUUCUGGCUCGAUUUCACCCAACCGUGAUCAAAGCCAUGGUCGACCAUGGGGCAGAUUCCCAGGAGCACGUAAAGGCCAAGGUCCAGGUAGCAACGUUCCUCUCUGGCGGAGCAUCGGCUGCUGGAUACGCCGGUGGUUUUCUGCUCACGCUCCUCGCUACGUUGGUCAUUAUUAUGACAGAUGCCUCACCUCUGGUGCUGGGCUACUGUCUCAUCAUGAGCUCGGUCUUUGUCCUGAUCUUCAUGAUUGCUUACGCCUUCCUCUCGCACCAGAGAACAUCACCUCCCUUGCCUGAAGGCGCUAACGUCUUCACCUUCGGAUAUGUGCGCAUCGGCAAGACUAUGCGCCAGGUCCGCCGUCUGAAGACCAUGUUUUUCUACCUCUGCGCAUGGUUUAUUCUCGGCGACGGUCUGACGUCUGCGACUAGCAUGGCCAUUUUGAUCGCACAGGACCAGCUGCGGGUAUCGAAUGACGCCCUAAUCAUCGCAGCAUUGAUUCAAUACAUAUUUGCAGGAUGCAGUAUGUGGUUCUGGAUCUGGUUACAGAACAGCAAGGGAGUCAAACCUAUGAAAGUUAUUAUUAUCAACUCUUGUCUGUUCGGACUGAUCCCAAUCUACUGCCUGCUGGGUCUGAUUAAGAGCAACCCCGUCGGACUGAAGCAUACCUGGGAGCUCUACUUGUGUGCCUCGCUCUUUGGACUGUUUAUCGGCGCCAUUAACUCUUCGAACAGAGUCGUCUUUUCGCAGUUUAUACCACUGGGCCACGAAAAUGAGUUAUACGCUGUGUUUGAGAUGGCAAAUGUAUCGUCUUCGUGGAUAGGACCAUUGAUCUGCACGGCAAUCAUCGAGCGAGCCGGUAUCAGGCACACUUGGUGGUUCCUUCUUACGCAGUUUUAUAUCCCUGCUAUCAUGAUGGUCUUUGUCAACGUGGAAAAGGGCCGCCAAGAGGCCAUCGAUUUUUACAAUAAUGAACAAGCCGAAAAAGCGCGUGCUAAGCAGCUGACAGACAUGACCGUAUUGAGCGACUCAAAGCUCAUGGGCUCUGAGAAAGACCUCAACAAAAGUGUUUGAAAGACUGCCAUAUCCCUCUCUACCCUAAUAAAUUACAAUAGUCCGGA